AGUCAGGCUAGAUUAGUCUCACUGGGGGGGGGGAGAACGGCAGUAAACUGGAGUCAGGCUAGAUUAGUUCUCACUGGGGGGGGGGGGGACAGGCAGUAAAACUGGAGUCAGGCUAGAUUAGUCUCACUGGGGGGGGAGACAGGCAGUAAACUGGAGUCAGGCUAGAUUAGUCUCACUGGGGGGGGGGGAGACAGGCAGUAAACUGGAGUCAGGCUAGAUUAGUCUCACUGGGGGGGGGGGAGGACAGGCAGUAAACUGGAGUCAGGCUAGAUUAGUCUCACUGGGGGGGAGGGACAGGCAGUAAACUGGAGUCAGGCUAGAUUAGUCUCACUGGGGGGGGGGGGGAGAGAGGAGCAGGCUAGUAAACUGGGGAGUCAGGCGACUGAGAGUAGUAGUCUCACUGGGGGGGGGGGAGAGGAGACAGGCAGUAAACUGGAGUCAGGCUAGAUUAGUCUCACUGGGGGGGGGGGGAGACAGGCAGUAAACUGGAGUCAGGCUAGAUUAGUCUCACUGGGGGGGGGAGGAGACAGGCAGUAAACUGGAGUCAGGCUAGAUUAGUCUCACUGGGGGGGGGGGGGAGACAGGCAGUAAAACUGGAGUCAGGCUAGAUUAGUCUCACUGGGGGGGGGGGGGGGAGACAGGCAGUAAACUGGAGUCAGGCUAGAUUAGUCUCACUGGGGGGGGGGGGGACAGGCAGUAAACUGGAGUCAGGCUAGAUUAGUCUCACUGGGGGGGGGAGACAGGCAGUAAACUGGAGUCAGGCUAGAUUAGUCUCACUGGGGGGGGGGGGACAGGCAGUAAACUGGAGUCAGGCUAGAUUAGUCUCACUGGGGGGGGGGGGGGGACAGGCAGUAAACUGGAGUCAGGCUAGAUUAGUCUCACUGGGGGGGGGGGGACAGGCAGUAAACUGGAGUCAGGCUAGAUUAGUCUCACUGGGGGGGGGGGGGGGGAGACAGGCAGUAAACUGGAGUCAGGCUAGAUUAGUCUCACUGGGGGGGGACAGGCAGUAAACUGGAGUCAGGCUAGAUUAGUCUCACUGGGGGGGGGGAGACAGGCAGUAAAACUGGAGUCAGGCUAGAUUAGUCUCCACUGGGGGGGGGGGACAGGCAGUAAACUGGAGUCAGGGCUAGAUUAGUCUCACUGGGGGGGGGAGACAGGCAGUAAACUGGAGUCAGGCUAGAUUAGUCUCACUGGGGGGGGGGGACAGGCAGUAAACUGGAGUCAGGCUAGAUUAGUCUCACUGGGGGGGGGGGGGGGGGGAGACAGGCAGUAAACUGGAGUCAGGCUAGAUUAGUCUCACUGGGGGGGGGGAGGAGGGAGACAGGGCAAGUAAACUGGAGUCAGGCUAGAUUAGUCUCACUGGGGGGGGGGACAGGCAGUAAACUGGAGUCAGGCUAGAUUAGUCUCACUGGGGGGGGAGACAGGCAGUAAACUGGAGUCAGGCUAGAUUAGUCUCACUGGGGGGGGGGGGGACAGGCAGUAAACUGGAGUCAGGCUAGAUUAGUCUCACGGGGGGGGGGGGGGGGGGAGGCAGUAAACUGGAGUCGGGUUAGUCUCACGGGGGGGGGGGGCAGUAAACUGGAGUCAGGCUAGAUUAGUCUCACUGGGGGGGGAGACAGGCAGUAAACUGGAGUCAGGCUAGAUUAGUCUCACUGGGGGGGAGGACAGGCAGUAAAACUGGAGUCAGGCUAGAUUAGUCUCACUGGGGGGGGGGGGGGGGGGGGAGACAGGCAGUAAACUGGAGUCAGGCUAGAUUAGUCUCACUGGGGGGGGGGGGGACAGGCAGUAAACUGGAGUCAGGCUAGAUUAGUCUCACUGGGGGGGGGGGGGGGGAGACAGGCAGUAAACUGGAGUCAGGCUAGAUUAGUCUCACUGGGGGGGGGGGACAGGCAGUAAACUGGAGUCAGGCUAGAUUAGUCUCACUGGGGGGGAGACAGGCAGUAAACUGGAGUCAGGCUAGAUUAGUCUCACUGGGGGGGGGGGGAGACAGGCAGUAAACUGGAGUCAGGCUAGAUUAGUCUCACUGGGGGGGGGGGGGGAGACAGGCAGUAAACUGGAGUCAGGCUAGAUUAGUCUCACUGGGGGGGGGGGGAGACAGGCAGUAAAACUGGAGUCAGGCUAGAUUAGUCUCACUGGGGGGGGGGGAGACAGGCAGUAAACUGGAGUCAGGCUAGAUUAGUCUCACUGGGGGGGGGGGGGGGGGGAGACAGGCAGUAAACUGGAGUCAGGCUAGAUUAGUCUCACUGGGGGGGGGGGGACAGGCAGUAAACUGGAGUCAGGCUAGAUUAGUCUCACUGGGGGGGGGGGACAGGCAGUAAACUGGAGUCAGGCUAGAUUAGUCUCACUGGGGGGGGGGGGAGACAGGCAGUAAACUGGAGUCAGGCUAGAUUAGUCUCACUGGGGGGGGGGGACAGGCAGUAAACUGGAGUCAGGCUAGAUUAGUCUCACUGGGGGGGGAGACAGGCAGUAAACUGGAGUCAGGCUAGAUUAGUCUCACUGGGGGGGGGGGAGACAGGCAGUAAACUGGAGUCAGGCUAGAUUAGUCUCACUGGGGGGGGGGGGGGAGACAGGCAGUAAACUGGAGUCAGGCUAGAUUAGUCUCACUGGGGGGGGGGGGAGACAGGCAGUAAACUGGAGUCAGGCUAGAUUAGUCUCACUGGGGGGGGGAGACAGGCAGUAAACUGGAGUCAGGCUAGAUUAGUCUCACUGGGGGGGGGGACAGGCAGUAAACUGGAGUCAGGCUAGAUUAGUCUCACUGGGGGGGGGAGACAGGCAGUAAAGUAAACUGGAGUCAGGCUAGAUUAGUCUCACUGGGGGGGGGGGGAGACAGGCAGUAAACUGGAGUCAGGCUAGAUUAGUCUCACUGGGGGGGGAGACAGGCAGUAAACUGGAGUCAGGCUAGAUUAGUCUCACUGGGGGGGGGGGGACAGGCAGUAAACUGGAGUCAGGCUAGAUUAGUCUCACUGGGGGGGGGGGGAGACAGGCAGUAAACUGGAGUCAGGCUAGAUUAGUCUCACUGGGGGGGGGAGACAGGCAGUAAACUGGAGUCAGGCUAGAUUAGUCUCACUGGGGGGGGGGGGGGGGAGACAGGCAGUAAACUGGAGUCAGGCUAGAUUAGUCUCACUGGGGGGGGGGAGACAGGCAGUAAACUGGAGUCAGGCUAGAUUAGUCUCACUGGGGGGGGGGGGGGGAGACAGGCAGUAAACUGGAGUCAGGCUAGAUUAGUCUCACUGGGGGGGGGGAGACAGGCAGUAAACUGGAGUCAGGCUAGAUUAGUCUCACUGGGGGGGGGGGGAGACAGGCAGUAAACUGGAGUCAGGCUAGAUUAGUCUCACUGGGGGGGGGGGGACAGGCAGUAAACUGGAGUCAGGCUAGAUUAGUCUCACUGGGGGGGGGGGACAGGCAGUAAACUGGAGUCAGGCUAGAUUAGUCUCACUGGGGGGGGGGGGGACAGGCAGUAAACUGGAGUCAGGCUAGAUUAGUCUCACUGGGGGGGGAGACAGGCAGUAAACUGGAGUCAGGCUAGAUUAGUCUCACUGGGGGGGGGGGGGGGGGGGACAGGCAGUAAACUGGAGUCAGGCUAGAUUAGUCUCACUGGGGGGGGGGGAGACAGGCAGUAAACUGGAGUCAGGCUAGAUUAGUCUCACUGGGGGGGGGGGGGGGAGACAGGCAGUAAACUGGAGUCAGGCUAGAUUAGUCUCACUGGGGGGGGGGGGGGACAGGCAGUAAACUGGAGUCAGGCUAGAUUAGUCUCACUGGGGGGGGGGAGACAGGCAGUAAACUGGAGUCAGGCUAGAUUAGUGGGGGAGGGACAGGCAGUAAACUGGAGUCAGGCUAGAUUAGUCUCACUGGGGGGGGGGAGACAGGCAGUAAAACUGGAGUCAGGCUAGAUUAGUCUCACUGGGGGGGGGAGACAGGCAGUAAACUGGAGUCAGGCUAGAUUAGUCUCACUGGGGGGGGGGGGGGACAGGCAGUAAAACUGGAGUCAGGCUAGAUUAGUCUCACUGGGGGGGGGAGACAGGCAGUAAACUGGAGUCAGGCUAGAUUAGUCUCACUGGGGGGGGGGGGAGACAGGCAGUAAACUGGAGUCAGGCUAGAUUAGUCUCACUGGGGGGGGGGGAGACAGGCAGUAAACUGGAGUCAGGCUAGAUUAGUCUCACUGGGGGGGGGGGGGGGGGGGAGACAGGCAGUAAACUGGAGUCAGGCUAGAUUAGUCUCACUGGGGGGGGGGGAGACAGGCAGUAAACUGGAGUCAGGCUAGAUUAGUCUCACUGGGGGGGGGGAGACAGGCAGUAAACUGGAGUCAGGCUAGAUUAGUCUCACUGGGGGGGGGAGACAGGCAGUAAACUGGAGUCAGGCUAGAUUAGUCUCACUGGGGGGGGGGGAGACAGGCAGUAAACUGGAGUCAGGCUAGAUUAGUCUCACUGGGGGGGGGGGGGGGGGGAGACAGGCAGUAAACUGGAGUCAGGCUAGAUUAGUCUCACUGGGGGGGGGGGAGACAGGCAGUAAACUGGAGUCAGGCUAGAUUAGUCUCACUGGGGGGGGGGGAGACAGGCAGUAAACUGGAGUCAGGCUAGAUUAGUCUCACUGGGGGGGGGGAGACAGGCAGUAAACUGGAGUCAGGCUAGAUUAGUCUCACUGGGGGGGGGGGGGACAGGCAGUAAACUGGAGUCAGGCUAGAUUAGUCUCACUGGGGGGGGGGGGAGACAGGCAGUAAACUGGAGUCAGGCUAGAUUAGUCUCACUGGGGGGGGGGGAGACAGGCAGUAAACUGGAGUCAGGCUAGAUUAGUCUCACUGGGGGGGGGGGGGGGGGAGACAGGCAGUAAACUGGAGUCAGGCUAGAUUAGUCUCACUGGGGGGGGGGGGACAGGCAGUAAACUGGAGUCAGGCUAGAUUAGUCUCACUGGGGGGGGGGGGGACAGGCAGUAAACUGGAGUCAGGCUAGAUUAGUCUCACUGGGGGGGGGGGGGGGGACAGGCAGUAAACUGGAGUCAGGCUAGAUUAGUCUCACUGGGGGGGGGACAGGCAGUAAACUGGAGUCAGGCUAGAUUAGUCUCACUGGGGGGGGGGGGGAGACAGGCAGUAAACUGGAGUCAGGCUAGAUUAGUCUCACUGGGGGGGGGGGAGACAGGCAGUAAACUGGAGUCAGGCUAGAUUAGUCUCACUGGGGGGGGGACAGGCAGUAAACUGGAGUCAGGCUAGAUUAGUCUCACUGGGGGGGGGGGGGAGACAGGCAGUAAACUGGAGUCAGGCUAGAUUAGUCUCACUGGGGGGGGGGGGGAGACAGGCAGUAAACUGGAGUCAGUGUCAUUGUCUAGUGUCAUUGUCACUAGAUGUCAUUGUGAAUACCUCCCUGUUGCAGAAGUGAAGCUGUGCUUUUUACAGGGUGUUUUACAGCCUCAAAUCCUAGAAGGCUAAAUAGAAAGAACAUGUUUUUCUGUCUUGCUCCAAGUCCCAGGGGACGUUCAGUUCACUUCUGAGGAUUGCUUUCUACAUCUGGAGCCUAUUACAGAAGAAUCUCAAACAUCUUUAACUGCUGAGUUGUGAAAUGAUAUGCUAGAUAUUCAUCUUUCUUUAAUUGACUUGAAGCAUCCAGGUAUAAAGUUUAAUAACGUGUUAUAAGGACGUAUAAGCCUUUACAAUGUCGUUAUAACGUGGCUUUAUAUUUCUGUGUUCUAUUUUUCUAGCAUCUGCCACCUCCUCUUCCCAGCAAGACCCCUCCUCCCCCUCCCCCCAAGACCACCAGGAAACAAGCGUCCAUCGAUUCAGGCAUUGUACAAUGAACACUGACAUUAUACGCCCGAUUUAAAAACAAAGGUUCUUUCUCCUCUGCAAUCUCUCUAAUUCCCCCUCAUCCCCUCUCAACACUUUCGAUGCUGUCAAAUGGAGACCUAUUUCCUAUAGUGCACUGCUUCUGACUACCGCUGCCCUUAGGGCUCUGGUCAAAGGUAGGGCACUAUAUAGGGAAUAGGAAGCUAUUUGGGACAGAGCCACUGUCAGACCAGGAGUAGAAAAAGAGUACCUCACUCAGACCCUACUCUUAUUGAGCUUUUCAUUUUUGGUUGUGUCCCAAAUGGCACCCUAUUCCCUAUAUAGGUCACUACUGGUGACCACGGCCCAUAGUGCUCUGGUAAAAAAAAAAGUAGUGCACUACGUAGGGAAUAGGGUGCCAUUUGGGAUACAACCUCGUUGAUCCUUUCAUUUUGCCUCAAGUGUGAUGAUGAUGUCUAUUUUACCAUAGGUAGAUAGGGGGAAUCAGUUGCACAUGAUUACUAGUCACUGAAUUUGUUGAUGCUAUCUACCGUCUAUGAUCUUUGACUAGAUUCACUUGAUACCACUUAGUUCAGGCCUUUUGUAAUGGAAGGAGAUUGUGUUCCACCUAUAGAAUUAGAAUGAGUGAAUGAACCAUUCUCUGGUUCUGUCUUUUACACUUAGACCAGUAGACAGAUUGGUGACUAACGGCCGGCAUUCUGACCCCUCCCACCCGCUCUUAGGAGCUGGGAGCACAUAACGGCCGACAUUCUGACCCCUCCCACCCGCUCUAAGGAGCUGGGAGCACAUAACGGCCGACAUUCUGACCCCUCCCACCCGCUCUAA